UCUCGCCAGCCGACUUCAACCAGAGCAACAUGACUCCGUUGGCACUGCUGGUCCUGGUCGGCGCGGCGGCCGCUGGUCGCCUGGAGAACACUUACCUACCUCCGUCGUCGGCGGCGACAGCCGGGGGCGCCCCUGGCUCCAUCGCCGCCCCUUUCGGCGGACCUGGUGCGGUCGGGGUCUUUGGCCGGCUGCCCGGAGCUGGGGUCUACCCUGGAGUUGGUGCUUAUCCCGGAGCUGGUGCUUACUCCGGAGCUGGUGCUUACACCGGAGCUGGGGCCUACACCGGAGCUGGGGCCUACACCGGAGCUGGGGCCUACCCCGGAGCUAGGGUCUACCCUGGUGUUGGCGCUUACCCCGGAGUUGGGGCUUACCCCGGAGUUGGGGCUUACCCUGGAGUUGGUGCUUACCCCGGAGCCGGUGCUUACUCCGGAGCCGGUGCCUACUCCGGCGCCGGAGCGCGCGCCCCGUCAGGCCCCCAGGUGCCCAUCCUCAAGUACGACAGCGUCAACAACGGAGACGGCAGCUACUCAUACGAGUACGCGACAGCCAACGGCAUCGCGGCCGGCGAGGCGGGAGUGCUGAAGAACGCCGGCGUGCCCGGGGCCGAGGCAGAGGCCGUUCAGGGCUCCUACACCUACACCGACAACGAGGGAAACACCUUCACCGUCUCCUACACCGCCGACGAGAACGGCUUCCAGCCGCAGGGCGCCCACCUGCCCACCCCGCCGCCCAUCCCGGAGGCCAUCCUCAGGUCGCUGGAGCAGAACGCCGCUGAGGAGGCGGCGGCCGCGCGCUAUCCCGGAGCCGGCGCUCCCGGAGCCGCAUAUGGCGCUCCCGGAGCCGGGUUCCCCGGAGCCGGUUUCCCCGGAGCCUACGUCGCUCCGCUGCCUUCCUUCAAGCGUCCCGGCUUCGGCGCCAAGACCGGCUACUCGUACCCGAAACCCGGCAAAUAGGCAACCCGACCUCACCACCUCUGAAGUUGCGACUCGGAAAAAAAAAACCGAAGGCCUCUAGCACUUCAUCUCUCUUCCUCGCUGGCGACCGUCUCAUUUAAGCUACACCCACAUGUUCGGUGACGCUAUGUCUGUACGGCACGGAGAAGGUACAACACUUCUUUUGUACAACACCAAAAUUUGAGCCUUGGCAAUGUUUUUUUUCCUGCUGGAAUCAUUUCGGUACAUUUUGGCUUUUUUUUUUUAUCUUCAAAAUAACCUCGAAUUAUUAUUAUUUUCUGUCUUUUUCAAAUUGGUAGAUACAUGCACCGGAAUUUAUCCACCGAUUCUUCUCAACCUGUAUUCGACUUAGCUAAAUCUGCACAGACUUUGCUGGAGCGCAAGAUGCUUCAGUAUUUUGAGUUCUUGAUGGUCGGGACGUUUUCAGUUUCUUUUGGAGCCAAAAUUUCGGGUGGAUGAAACUUAUUUCAGUAACCUUCAAAGACGUACGAUACGACCACAUUUCAACUAGGUACAAUUGCGUGGGUCACAAUCAGUAUAUUCACUGCAAAUGAUCCUAACAUCACAAAAGCCUUUAGUGACUCUGUUUACUUGUACAGUAUAGUAAAAGGGAAGACUACAGCUUACUGUCAUGUGAUACUAGUGUUUGACAUGAUAUAUGCAUUAAGAUAUAUUAUGUUGUUAACCAAAAUUUGCUAUAUUAUGUUUUCCUAUAUUCGAAUUUGUGAUAAACCAUAGACAGCGGGUUCUUUCUAAACCAUUAUCCGGAAACUUCACACUCUUAAUUUCUGGUGUAAGGCUCAUUACCAUAUUACGCCCUGGAUCGGAAUGGAACAAUAUAAGCGUCUGUGUAAAAAAAAAUUGCAUUACAAAAUUUCCGUUACUGGAAAAUUCAUUACAGAAAAUGCAUACAUCAAUAAUUAACCAUUUCUUUAGUUAACAUUAAAAUGUGUAGUAAUUUUGAUACAAAAUUCACUCCCAAAAAUUUUCGUCAAAUGAUAAAAGUCUAAAUAUUCAAAGGCUUAAUCGUUAUGCUAAAAUACAGCGGGAUUAAUAACAUGAAGUGCUUUGCCAUUCGGUUUUGAAUCCUUCGAGAAAAAAAACCACGGCACAGUCAAAGAUGAUGAUCUUACUUCCAACAGUUAAUGAAUGGUGCUAACAAAAUCUAAUAUUGUAAAUAGCAUGUAGCAAUCGAAGUCUGAAAGUUUUCUGUGAUUUGUUCCACACAUUUCCAGUUAACUUUCAGGGUUCAUAGAACUAACUGUCUAUUUGUUAGAAUGUUUAGAUUAACGUUUCAAAUGUGAUAUUACUAUUUUUAUACGUAAAUUAUAAAUGUUAUUGUACUAUGUGUGAAAUGCAAUAAAUAUAUGUACAAUUGGUACUAAAUAUGAA